AUGGCAAAAACUCCCUUCCUCCCUCUUAUGUUUCUGCUGCUAUUUUCUACCUUCAGAGCUACUUUGUCAGCCAACAUAACCACCGAUGAAUCCGCCCUUUUAGCCUUAAAAUCCCAUAUAACUCAUGAUCCACAUAAUCUCUUAGCAACCAACUGGUCCACUUCUAUCUCUGUUUGCAAUUGGAUUGGUGUCAGUUGUGGAUCCAGACACUACAGAGUCACUGCUCUGGAUUUGUCAAGUAUGGAUCUCACGGGCACCAUCCCAUCUCAAUUAGGAAAUUUAUCUUUCCUUGCCUCCCUCAACAUUCGUAACAAUAGUUUCCUUGGCUUCUUACCUACUGAGUUAGCCAAUUUGCAUCGGCUGAAGUAUUUGAACUUUGGCUAUUUACAGUCGGGAAUAUUUGAUAACCUAUCUAAAUUGAAAGAAUUAGGUUUGAAUGGGAAUCAAAUUUCUGGUAACAUUCCUAAUAGUUUAUUCAAGUGCAAAGAGUUGAGAUAUUUAUUCUUGGACAACAACUUUAUGGAAGGAAGUAUACCCAUGGAAAUCUCAAAUUUAACUUCACUUAAAGUUUUCGUCAUCGAAUACAACUUUUCAGGCCGUAUUCCUUCCUCAUUAUGCAAUUUAAGUUCCCUUCGUGAGCUCUCUUUAUUCAAGAAUAGUUUGGAUGGAACAAUUCCAGAGUGCAUUGGAAACUUGAGCUCUCUUUCGGUGCUUGACCUAGGGAUAAAUAAUUUUCAUGGUAAAAUACCUGAAAAUUUUGUUGAAGAUUGCACAUUACUCUAUUUUCGAAUCAACAACAACCAAAUAGAAGGGUCGUUACCACGAUCUUUGGGUAAUUGUAAAGACUUGAAGCUUCUCGAUGUUGGAAACAACUAUUUGAAUGACACUUUCCCAAAUUGGUUAGGAAAUUCGGAUCAGCUGCAAGUGCUUGACUUGAGAUCAAAUAGAUUCUAUGGUAAGGUGGAUAGCUCUGAUGUUACCUUCACUCGUUUGCGUGUCAUUGAUGUUUCUCGUAAUAACUUCAGUGGCUAUCUACCUAUGAACUUUUUUGGAAAUUUACAUGCCAUUAGAGAAGUGAAUGAAAAGAAAGUUGGAACAGAGUACAUGAAAGAUAUAGCAGCAGGUAACGUAGAGUAUACUGUGCCAGGUUUAUCUUUUACAACAAAAGGACUGGAAACAGAGUUUGAGAAACUAUUAACCAUAUGGACAGCUGUUGACUUCUCCAGCAACCAAUUCAUGGGAGAAAUUCCUAAAACAAUUGGUGAGCUUCAUUCACUAAUCGUCCUAAACCUCUCUCAUAACUGUUUAACAGGUUCUAUCCCGUCAUCAUUGGGUGAUUUAUCGGAGCUUGAAUCAUUAGAUCUCUCAUCAAACAAGCUCCAUGGAAGAAUUCCCACAGAGUUUAAAAAUCUUGGAUUCUUGGCGGUGUUAAACCUUUCCCAUAAUAAUCUAGAGGGACUCAUUCCUCAAGGCAAACAGUUCGAUACUUUCACUAAUGAUUCCUAUAUAGGAAACCUGGGCUUAUGCGGGCUGCCAUUAUCAAAAAGUUGUGAUAAUGAAUAG